CAUAAAAUCACAGAACAUGCAUUUUGUUUUGUUUUACCGGAUAAUAAAAAGUGUAAAAUAUUAUGGAAAAGUGCUGUAGAACAUCAUGCCUUCUUUCGUCUUACUGAUCGUGUCCCUGUGGAACCGAAAAAAAGUCAACUCUUUCGAUUAAGAUCACGUUUUCAUCCAUCAUUUAGUACGGAAUAUCAAUUGCAUAAUUUAAAUAUGUUUGGAAGUAGUAGUUUUCGUAAACGUAAAAAAUCUACUUCCACUGUUGGCAGUUGUACAUCAUUAGGAGGAAAUACAUCAAAACCAUCUACUCCUAUAACAAGUAAAUCAAUUGUACAACGACCAGCUGAUAUUCGUUCGUGUAGUAGUACUUCAUCAAGUUUUCGUCGUGUACCAAGUAAACGUUUUACUUCAAGACCAAGUUUUAAUAAACGUGAAAUUAUUGAAGAUCAAUAUGAACAACAACAAAAAUCUAAGGAACAAACAAGAAAAGAAUUUUUCAUUGGAAUAAAUGAUGAUUUCUCUCAUUUAAACAGAUCUUCAAUGCCAUCUGUAUAUAAUGAACAUGAGAAUGCAGCAUUAUUAUCAUCUGGAUUACCACCACCUAUAAAACCAUUACUAUUAGUUCAACCAAAUAUCAUUCCAAAUUCUAGUCCACGUGUAUCAUUGAAUGCACCAAAUAAACCACCAAGAAAACUUGAAAUAAGAAAUAACAUUUCUUAUCAUCAUAAUGACACCACUAUAGACAACAAUAGUCAAUUUGAAAUUUCAACUGAAUCGAAAUAA